GUCUGAAAGGCUACGGUUUUGGAGAAGAGGAGUUUGCGCGUCAUGACGCAUGAGACUGCAAAUAUCACAUGGAGAGGUUUAGAGUGGAUAAAUACGAAAACCUGGGGUGGGGACCUGGAAGGAAUUAUUAUUUGGGAUAUAAACCAAUGCUAUUCCUGCACAGGCAACACCCCCCAUCCUCCUCCCCCGUCGCCCCUACGUCGCGGACUCAGUUUCCGCUUCGCACGGUUGGUCAUUGAUGUGCAGUGGAGGGUUGGAGAGAGGGGAGAGGGAGCGCGCACGAAAGAGAGGGAGACGUCGAAUUGACAAACCAGAGGCUGGGACGCAGAGGAGGGAAGAAGGAGGUGGCGGUUCUGCUCCACUGGGACUCGGCUACAGCUCACUGCUAGGUGCUAUCGGCUCACAAAACGGACCUCGGCUUUAAAAUGCGCAAUAAGGCACCGAGCAGCGCCGUGUAGCUGUCACCGAGGACGACCCUCGACCGCCUCCUGCUCGCACGAAAUCUGGACUAACUGUGUGUGUGAGAGAGAAAAGAGGAUUCAUGGAGAGUCUGUGCAGCUCCAUCGAGCAAACCGCCUGGAUUAUCUGAUUCGGGACGUUUUGAUUUUUACAGUAGAGCUGGCGUUUCUCGUGUUGUGCCACCGCCACGUCCAACUGUAGCCUGUUUUUGUUUUUAGCUGGGGCGCUAACUUCUCUCAGCUCCGGUCAUGGCGGACCAAGAGGAGACUUUUGUCCUCCAGAACUCUCCAGGUGGCUCGGAUUCAAGGGAAUUACAGAGCGAUAAUAAAUCAGAGAAACAGAACGGGACUUCAAGCAAAUCCCCAUCAUCACAGACAACUUACAUUCAGCAGGGAAUGGAGGGAAUAAAAGUAUACCUGCACGAAAGGGAACUAUGGACGAAGUUUCAUGAGGUGGGGACCGAGAUGAUCAUCACCAAAGCCGGACGGAGAAUGUUCCCCAGCUUCAAAGUGAAGGUCACAGGAUUAAACCCCAAAACAAAAUAUAUUCUCCUGAUGGAUGUUGUUCCUGCGGACGACCAUCGAUACAAAUUCGCCGACAAUAAAUGGUCUGUGACCGGGAAGGCUGAGCCCGCCAUGCCCGGCAGGCUCUACGUCCACCCGGACUCUCCGGCCACCGGGGCGCACUGGAUGAGGCAGCUGGUGUCCUUCCAGAAACUGAAACUGACCAACAACCACCUGGACCCGUUCGGACACAUCAUCCUAAACUCGAUGCACAAGUACCAGCCGAGGAUCCACAUAGUGAAAGCGGAUGAAAACAACGGUUUCGGCUCCAAAAACACGGCCUUCUGCACUCACGUCUUCCCGGAGACAGCCUUCAUUGCGGUCACUUCCUAUCAGAACCAUAAGAUAACCCAACUGAAGAUUGAGAACAACCCAUUUGCAAAAGGUUUCCGUGGAAGCGACGAUAUGGAGCUGCACCGGAUGUCCAGAAUGCAAAGCACCAAGGAGUAUCCAGUAGUGCCUCGCAGCACAGUGCGACAGAGGGUUGGCUCCAGCCAGAGUCCGUUCAGCGGGGAAGUCCAGGGAAUGGCCACGCCAACCACCCUGGCCUCCCAGUACUCCCAGUGUGAGAACGGCGUCACAAGCACCUCACAGGACAUGCUGCCCCAGUCGGGCUCCUACCCGCUGCCACAUGAGCACGGCCAAGAGUACCACUGCAUCAAGAGGAAAGUGGAGGACGACUGUCACUCCAGUGAACACAGCUAUAAGAAAGCCUAUCUGGAGAGCUCAUCCAGUGAGGAGGACCAUUACUACCGGCCUGUUGGCUAUGCCCAGGGCCUCAGCCUCGCCAGUGGGCCCUACCGCAGCGAGUCCAGCCAGCGGCAGGCCUGUAUGUACGCCAGCGCUUCCCAAGGCACCGAGCCCGUUCCCAGUUUGGAGGACAUCAGCUGCAACACUUGGGCCAGCGUCUCGCCCUACGGUAGUUGUUCCGUCACCACCAUGCAGCCAAUGGAGCGGCUGCCCUACCAGCACUUCUCCGCUCACUUCACCUCAGGGUCUCUGGUGUCCAGACUGGGAGGAGUGGGAGGUCACGCCUCUCCACAGCUGGGCGACGGCCAUCACGCGGCCAUGUACCAGAGCUCCAUGGCCCACCAGACUCUGGGCCGCCAGUGCAGUCCCGGGGCUGGGAUCCAGUCGCCAACAGCCGGCCUGCAGGGAAACGAGUACCUCUAUACGCACGGCAUACCACGUACACUAUCACCACACCAGUACCACUCUGUACAUAGUGUUAGCAUCAUGCCGGAGUGGAGCGAGAACAGCUAAAAGAGCUCCACACUCAAUGUAUACAAAUAUUAAAAGGAAAAAAUAAACAGAAAAGGACCAAAUAAAGGCACAGUUUAGAUGAAUUUAUAUUUAUAUUUUUUGAGGAUGUGUUGCUGUUCAUCUUAAUGGAAACAGUGGACGUUCAUAGGACGGUGUCGACUAGGACAGGAGGCAUCUUAUCACUUAACUUGAUGUGACAGUAUCUGCACUUAUAAGCAAAUAGCAUAAACAUGAAUAAAGAGGAGCUGGACCAGAACAUACACAGAGACUGCCAAGUGCAGAGAACACUGACGCUGAACAGAAGAACAGAAAUGCUUCAGAUGCUUGGCCAGCAGUCUCCAGGUCCACUGUGUUCUCGUGCAGUGGUGUGGGUUUUUUUGAUGUCAGUGCUUCAAGUGAGACCAGUAAAUAUAUUUUCAGCUUUUUCUAACAAGUACAAAAUUCCUGUUUUGUAUUCAUGUCCCGAAUAUGUGGAAAAAAAGAAAAAAUGAAAAAAAAAGGACGUUUGUCUUCUGUCACAUUAGCCCAAGUUCUCAUUUUCUUUUAAGCUUUUGUAGUUAAGAAGUUAUUUUGUAAAAUUGCUUUUAAAAAUGAAUAAGCAGAUGUUAUCUUUUGUUGUGGCUCUUUGGUGCUUGUUCUUAAAGCUGUCAGAGGGAGGAUUUUGAUUCCUGUUGCAUGAGUACAUUUAUGUGCACUUCAAAAAUUGAAUAUGAAUUCCAUUAUUAUAAACAUUGUCAGUAAAAGUCUGAAACAGGACAGGUCUUCAAUUAAGUUUAUUUCCAGGCAGAUGCCGUCUUAGUAAAGUGAUAGCAGUGUUACAGUCCAGCAUGAAAGAAGUGCAGCAAUGUCAAGACCUUAAAGAGUAUCAAUCGCAAGAUUUUUAAACUGAACCACGUUUGCCUUGGUAAUGAUCCAAGAUUUAAACAGUUAUCAUUAAGUUUGUAGGGAGCAUUUAACUCCAGUGCAGCCAAGUCAAGCUGUGAUAAUAUUACUCAUACCCAGAAAGCCUAAUAAAACCUUUCUGUCCUGUGCCAUAACACUCACACUGAAAUUUGACCUGACACAUCCAGGUCUCCUACCUGUUCCCAGGUGUAAUCAUACAGCAUUAACAGUAAAUAAAGUGUCAUCAGCAAAAUAUUAUUGAUGUGUGGCACAUAUGCUGCAGCAGAAUCCAGUCAAGUGAAGCUCACAAUAAUAUAUCAACACUGAUAAAAACAACAGAAACAAAUUGACUACCAGACCCUAAAGCUCUAUCCACUAAUUAGUAUUUUUAUAUUAGCAAUGAGUAGUCAACAUAAGAGAGAAUUAGACCUUAAGUCAUCACCACAUGUAUGUAAACGUUUCUCUGUAUCUGUGUGAUGUAUAAUGGGUUGUUAACACAUUGACGAAAUGUGAGGCAGGAUGUGAGUUUGCCACCUUGUUGUGCUGUCCCCAUGUGGCCAAAAACGUAUGAAUGCAGUUUUAAAUGUUGUAAUUGUUCUGUCAAGGCUGUAUAAAGACCUGCGAAUGAAGACAAAAACAUAGUCUCCAGUAAAGAAGCCCUGAAAUUCAGAUCAGAAUGUCAACCUUGGGGGUAAACUUUGUCCUAAAAUGACAGAAUUAAAAUCACAGUUAAAGCCAUAGUUUUAAUUUAGAGCAUUGGUAGAACUGGUGUUAGUUAUGAUCCAUAUUGCACUUAUUACUGACAGUCAGAAAAACAAUGUGUCCAUAUAGCCCUUGGUCUCAGUGUUCCAGUCACUUUAAAGCUGAAUUACACUAAAGUCAGAGAUUCUAUAAAAGGGGAACUAUUCCACAUAGACCAGCAGAUACCGUCAUUUAAACAUUUUAAAGAAAAACUGAAGAAACUGGGGUCACGUGUUUGAAAUGUUCACCCUUCUGCCUGAUAUUUAAAGAGGAAUAGUGCUUCGUCAUGUUGCCAAAACCUUGCCGUAGUCCACUUAUAACAGUGAAAAAAAAGUUAUAUAUUAUAAUCCAAAUGUUUUUCUUUUUCAAUAAUAGAACAUAACACAUUCUUCACAUACUUGAAAAGAGCCUAAAGGAUACAGAUAUUUGGGUCAUCAUUUAGAGGGGGAGUUGCUGUGCCUUUGGAUCAUUUUCAUCCGCGUUAUUUUGAUAUGUAGAGAUUAACUACAGCACGGCAGUAUUUCAUGUAAUAUCAAAUAGCAUGACAGAGAUUUUUUGCAUCUGAAACAACAUUAUUGUUUUCCCUCUUCCUGACAUAAAAGCCCAGCGUUGUGUAAGUUGUGAUUGUUUGUUUGAUGCAGUUUCAUGUUGUACCCCGUGAAUGUGUGUGCUCUCAGAUGUCUUGUAUUAAUCCUCAAAAUGGCACUUCUCUGACAAUCAGACAUGUAAAGUAGCAGGUGGACAACACAUAGAAUGCAAAUUUAAAAACAAAAUUUACUUGAUACACAUUAUGAAGUCGGUUUCACCGUACAAAUGAGUGUAUGUUUAGGGACAUGUGGACAAAGGCUAACUUUUAAAUGCUUGUAGUCGAUAGAAUGUUGUCAAUAGUAUUUAUUUUUCAACUAUGUCAAUCAGCUUGCUCCUGCAUGUGUCAAAGAUAGAUGGUCCAGUUUCUUCUCUUUUUUUUAUAGCCUGCUUUUUAUGAUUGUAUAGGAUUUUCUAAUCAUACUUAUUUAGACAACAGGAGAUUACUAUACAGCGGUCAAAAAGAUAAAAUAAAAUUUAAAAAAAAAAAAAACAUGAAAACGUGGAUAACUCUGUAAAUAAACAUGUACAUAACAGAAUACCUGCAAUAAAUUUUAAAAAUCAAAGCAUC